ACCUGCUACAACGGUGGAUGCGAUAUGUGUCUCCCAGUUGCACGAAGCUCGUCUGAAUAAUAGGUGCAGAUUUCGAGAGUUUUUUUAGAACGUGGAUCCAUCAGAGUGGCUUCUCUUAGUUUGAAUUUCAGGUUUUCCAGUCAAGUAUAGUCUCCUGACUCCUCUCGCGGUCUGUGAUCCACUGCUGUUAUCAUGCUGUGCGAGAAAAUAACGGAUGCUUGCAUUAUUUGGUCCUGACCUGAGCUUAUAUCAAUAUCAUCUCUAAUAAGGUGAAUCAGACCUCGUUCAGUCCAGCCUACAUAUAUAGUGGCUUCCUAUCUGAGAACUUCAAUCUGAUCUAACACAUCGGCCAGUGGUGUAUCCACCAUACGGAGACCAGGUCCCAUUAAAAGUUUCUGCAGUUCAACGAGAAGUUUUUGAGAAUGGAGACCUGAGCCAGAGAACUGACUUGGUGAACUGGAACUUGAGCAUCGCCUCGCUUUUGGGAACAAGACGAGAUGGCGACUACAGCAGCUUCGUGCACUGUUUCAUUGCUGUCUCCGAACCCUCGAGCUCACAAGGGUCAAGAAAAUCAAGUGAAUACACGGACAGUGCAAGGAAACGUGAAUUGCAGAGCCGAGGAGAGGACGCGAUCGAGAGCGAGCGGGCUGAAUUCUUCGAGCGCCGCCAUCGUCAGGAGGAGAGGGCCGCAUCGGGAUUCUCCAUCGACGCUUGUGCUCAGUAGGAGCCAGCUGAAGGCUACCGCGAGAACGGGAGCAGAGGCGAGCGAGGACUCGACGGAAGGAGAUGACGAGGAAGACGAUGCGACGAUCGAACAAGCACUCCUGCAUCGACGACAGCUACUGUGGGGCGCAACUGGGACGUUCUCUUAUCUCACUUCCGCAGGUUUCGGGGUCGCGGCGCCCGUCCCUCCGGCGGAUUUGUCCCUGAAGUACUGUAAGCCAGUUCCCAAUGUAAAUCGGAAAACUAAUAGCACUAAUAACACUGUGCACUGCUGUCUCCCCGAUUUACAUGAGACUCCGAUCGACUUCAAGUUCGAGUACGACGACCUUCACGAUAUGCGGAUUCGGAAACCGGCCCACAUUCUGUCAAAAGAUCCGGCAUACGUUGCUAAAUACAACUUAGCUUACCUGAGGAUGAAACAGCUCCCGGAUGACGACCCCCGCAGCUUCGCAGCGCAGUGGCACAUCCAUUGUGCCUUCUGCAUGGGCGCCUACCUCGAGCCUGAAUCCGGAAUUGAUCCUGGUUUUUCUUAUCCUCCACCACCACCUCCAUCGGUCAGAGUCCAACUGCAGUACCACUAUAGCUGGGCGUUCGCCCCGUGGCACAGGAUGUAUCUUUACUUCCACGAGAGAAUUCUCGGGGACCUGAUCGGCGAUAAAAGCUUCGCUCUUCCUGUCUGGAACUGGGACAACCAGCGAGAGGAAGUCGGCGGCAAUCAGAUGCCUUUGAUGUACGCACCGACAGGACCAAUCUAUCUUAUAAAGCCACUCAUUAUGCCAGCAAACGAAAUACCAUAUGAGCUGUCGAACGCGAUCAGGAAUCGGGAGCAUUUCCCUCCGGAGGUCGUCCGUCUGGACCCCAGCGAUUUGUACAAGAAAGACUUGAACUGUGUCUUCCAAAACAACUUGGCUUUCAUGAACCGGGCGAUGGUCUCGCCGGUGUCGAUCACCCUUUUUCUGGGGAAGCCUUACAGGGCGGGGCAAACUACAGAGCCAAAAGGUCCGGGGAGUAUCGAGACGAACGGGCACAACAUCGUCCACUCUUGAACAGGUUCCAAUAACAAGGCU